UGCAGCCCAGGUAGGGCGCUCGGCCGAAUUCCGAGGGGAGUGGGCGCGGGUAGAGGGCCUGGGGGCGGGGGCUCCCCUCUGCUGCGGGCGGGGGGGCAUUACCGACCCGCGCCGCGCUGCGCUAUCGUGCCCAGGCACCCCUUGGAUCUCGUGCAGGUAUAGGAAGAAUGCCUAUCUUUUCAUCUAUUACUUAAUCCAGUUCUGUGGCCACUCUUGGAUAUUUACAAAUAUGACAGUCAGAUUUUUUUCAUUUGGAAAAGAUUCAAUGGUUGACACUUUUUAUGCUAUUGGAUUUGUGAUGCGACUUUGCCAAUCCAUUUCUCUCCUGGAAUUGCUGCACAUAUAUGUUGGCAUUGAGUAUAACCAUCUUCUCCCAAGGUUUUUGCAGCUCACAGAGAGAAUAAUCAUCCUUUUUGUGGUGAUCACCAGUCAAGAGGAAGUCCAAGGGAAAUACGUGGUGUGUGUUUUAUUCAUCUUUUGGAAUCUAUUGGAUAUGGUUAGGUACACUUACAGCAUGUUAUCAGUCAUAGGAAUAUCCUAUGCUGUCUUGACAUGGCUGAGUCAAACACUAUGGAUGCCAAUUUAUCCUUUAUGUGUUCUUGCUGAAGCAUUUGCCAUCUAUCAAUCGCUGCCCUAUUUUGAAUCAUUUGGCACUUAUUCCACCGAGCUGCCCUUUGACUUAUCCAUCUAUUUCCCAUAUGUGCUGAAAAUAUAUCUCAUGAUGCUCUUUAUAGGUAUGUAUUUUACCUAUAGUCAUCUAUACUCAGAAAGAAGAGACAUCCUUGGAAUCUUUCCCAUUAAAAAGAAGAAAAUGUGAAGUACAGCAUUCUAGUGUGACAUGAGAAAAGACAGGCUGUGGAUUCAGCUGCAGUAAAUACAACGCAGGAAGUAUUCCGGUGGAAAAAUACCUUUUAUUUGAUAAAAUUCCAUUACAUGAAAUAAUUGCACAUACCCCCAAAACUCUAAACAUAACAGACUGUUUUUCAUACAUUGUAUCUUUAAGACAUACAUAUUUUCCAUACCUUGCUUCACCAAAAUUCCUGUUUUACUUGGAUUUUAUACAAGUUAUACUUAAAUUGUAUGAAGUCUGAUUAUUUUCCUGUAAGGUUAAUGAGAAAUAGAAGAUUAACUGUAGUAGAUUUAAUUAAAUUAAGAAACCAAACUUGAUAACCUAAAUUACAUGUUUUUUUGGUUUGUUUGUUUGUUUUUUUUUGACUUCCGACUCCCAAAAUAUAUCUAUUGGCGGGGGGGUGUGAUGGAAAAUAUAUUCCACUGUUGACUAGAGUAACAUAUUUUACAGACAGAUGUCUAUCUUCAGAGGAAAUAAUUCAACACUCACCCUAAACAUUAGAUAUGUUUAGAAAAUUAAAUACGUUUCCAAGCCCUGUGUCUUAGCUCAGGUUGCUGUAACAAAACACCAUUAACCGAAUGGCUUAAACAACAGCAACUCUUCUCACAGCUCUGGAGGCUGGGAAUUCCAUUCAAGAUCAAGGCACUAGCUAAUGCACUUCCUGGUGAGGGGCCCUCUUCCUGGUUUGCAGAUAGAUGCCUUGCUGUGUCCUCACAUGAGAGACCUACUCUCUUGUGUCUUUUACAGUGGCAAUAAUCCCAUUCAUAAGGACUCCACCCUCAUGACCUAAUUACCUCCCAAUGACCCCACCCCCAAAUACCAUCAUAUUGGAGGUUAGGGCUUACCACAUGAAUUUUGGGGGAACACAAAGAUUCAGUCCAUAGCAUUCUGCAGCUGGCCUUACAAAAUUAAUGUCCUUCUCACAUGCAAAAUACAUACAUUCCAUCUCAACAGCCUCAAAAUUCUUAACUCAUUCCUGCAUCAACUCUAAAGUCCAAAGUCUCAUCUAAAUCAGAUGUGGGUGAGAUUCAAGGUACAAUUCAUCCUGAGGCAAAAUUCCUUUAUAGCUGUGAAACUGUGAAAUGAAACAAGUUAUGUGCUUCCAAAAAUACAAUGGUGGGCCACACAAAGGAUGGACGUUCCCAUUCCCAAAGCAAGAAACGGGACAGAAGGAAGGUGUAAUGGGUCCCCAACAAGUCCAAAACCUAGCAAGGCAAACACCAUGAGAUGUUCAGGCUUGGGAAUAAUCCUCUUUGGCUUGAUGUUCUGGCUUCAGGAACCAAUGAGGCAGAAGUAUUGCCCCCAGGACAAUGUCGGAGGAGGACGACCCCUAUGUCACCAGGCAGAAGCUGUCAGGCCUGUUGAAAAACCACUGCAAUGACUGCCCCUUCUGAAACUGAGGAGGUACACCUGAUGUUCUCUGAAUCACCUUUCAAGGUCAGUCUUUCCUUGUCUUGAAGAACAGUGUACAUUCACAGCUGAAUAGCUCUAUGCUCCCAGAUCCAACAGCCUUCCUUCAUUUUGUCCCAUCUCCAUUCUUUUAAUAAAACUGGCAGUGUUCCUGCUGGGAUGGCUGAUUAGGUCUGUGGUUCGCACCCACAGAAGUCUAAGUGGAUGAUUUGUCUGCUACACCGUUAGUGUUCUCUUCCAAACAAGUUUUAUCUUUUUGUAAUGCAGACAGACUGAUAAUUUCCCAAACCUUUAAGUUCUGGUUCCAUUUUGGUUAACAAGUGUGUCAUGUUUCAAUUUUUACUUUAAGCAGUCCAAGGCACUCUUUCAACACUGGCUGGAGAUCUCUUCAGUUCAAUAUCGAAUUUCAUGGCUCAACAUUGUAACUUCCACAAAACACUAGAACAUGAACACAAUCAUCUAAGUUCUUUGGCACAUAUAACAAAGAUCAUCUUUCUUUCAAUUUCCCAUAAGAGGUUCCUUAUUUUCAUUUGAGACGUCAUCAGCAUGGCCUUUAUUGUCUACGUCUACCAACAUUCUAUUUUGUGGUGAUUUAUGUAUUCUCUAAGAAGAUGGAGGCUUUCUUUCCCACCCUGUUUUCUUUGAGCCCUCAUUAAAAUCAACUCUGUCAAUCCCUUCAUGGCAAUAUUGGCUUUUUCUAGCAUGUACCUCAAAACUCUUCCAGCUUCUAUCUGUUAC